UCUCUGAUGAAACUUCACAUUUUCUUGGAAUAACUUUUACUAGGCACGUGCCUAUAGUUCUCAGGAGUGCAGCCUAGGCCGGCUCUCCUGAGCGGGAAAGACCUCCGAUCGCGGGCCCAGACUGCGGUGCGCGACGUCGCCGUUUCGCCGACGCCCGGGCCCCUCGCGUGAGCCCGGCCGCGUGGGCGGGGCCGCAGUGGGCGGUGCGGGCGGCGCGGCCCAGUUCUCGCGAGGCUUCGGCUUAGGCGGUAGGUGGCGGUGACUCCGCGGCGGCUCCGGAAUGCGCUCGGAGAAGGCGAGGACCGGAGGCCCCGCGGCAGUCGUUGCGCGGGGCUCGAGCUGGAGGGGGAAGCCGUCGGCUGUAGAAAUCCAGUUCCGUCGGGAGUCACCUCCUGCCUCGUCCUCCGUCUCUGGGGGCGGGGAAGGCAAACCUCGCGAGGAGAAAACGACGUUUCUGAGCAAGGUGGUCAUCCGGCGGCUUCCUCCUAGCCUCACCAAGGAGCAGCUGGAAGAACAGCUGCACCCACUGCCGGCACAUGAUUAUUUCGAGUUCUUUACUGCCGAUCUCAGUCUCUGUCCCCAUCUUUACUCAAGAGCAUACAUUAAUUUCAGAAAUCCCGAUGACAUCCUUCCCUUUAGAGAUCGUUUUGAUGGAUAUGUCUUCAUUGACAGUAAAGGCCUAGAAUAUCCUGCAGUGGUAGAGUUUGCUCCAUUCCAGAAGAUAGCCAGAAAGAAGCUAAAGAAAAAAGAUGCCAAAACUGGAAGUAUUGAAGAUGACCCAGAGUAUAAGAAGUUUUUAGAAACUUACUGUGUCGAGGAACAGAAAACUAACGCCAGUCCUGAGACUCUCCUGGGAGACACAGAGGCAAAGACGAGGGCGCUUACUGCUAGAAGAACCACACCUCUUUUGGAAUAUAUUAAAAAUAGAAAAUUAGAAAAGCAGAGAAUUCGAGAAGAGAAGCGAGAGGAAAGGAGGAGGAGGGAGUUGGAAAAGAGACGCUUACGGGAAGAAGAAAGAAGAAAAAGAAGAGAAGAGGAAAGUUGGAAGAGAAAAGAAGCAGACCAAGAAAAGAGAGCUGCUGAGAAAGAUAACAAGCUACACGCCCCUGCCAAUCUCAAGUUGGGGGCAUGUGGAACAAGCACGAAGAGGAAAACCCAGAACACCUGAUGAACAGCCCUGGCGAGUGACAUGACUCCGGAAGACUGUCUCCUGGAAUGUGUCUCUUCAAGGACAUUGCUGAAAAUCCCAAGUUGAUGAAAGGUGUGGACCAGGUCACGUUGCUCAAGCACAUUGGCCAUAGAGAUAAAUCCCUGACGUACAAGAUGAGUUGAUGACCAUUUUCCCACAAAAAGUCAUCCUAAGUAGUGUUUUUCAACUUGCCUUUGAUGAGAAUGGGACAGAUCAAUCAGUUGUUUUAAAAUCUCGUGAUCUGACAUGACACUGAUGAACUUGAGGAGCCGAGCCAGGACUGUGAAAGAGCGUCUGUCCCACAUCUGCAAGGACACAAACCUAAUGACAGGAAGGGUGGGGUGUUCCUCAGGGAACCCAGUGUGUUUUCUGUUUGUUCGGUUUAAGUGUACACAUAACUCCACAACAAAGUUGUAGCAAAUGUAUUUUCUGUAACAAACACAUGUAGUCUCCAUGGCAUACAUUACUAGCCCUUGAAAGAUAACUGAGACAUGAAACCUUAGCACCACAUCAUAUGAAUCCAGUUCCAUGAGGACCAGAGGCAAAGCAGGUCUAUACCUAAUGCAAAUGCUGUGGUUGUAGGCAUGUGCAUAUUGUCUGACCUUUUCACAUACAGCUCUGAAUGGUACAUUAACCCAGUGCCUAAUGCUUUGUGAUCUCAGAGCACUUUGUCAGCUGCUUGGAGAGUUUUUCAAGAAGAAUCAUCAAAACUUGUGGCUUUCAGUUUUGACUAUGAUUGUAAGUAAGACAAAGUAUUUGGAGUGUAGUGAUUUACUUUUACUUUUCUGAGUAUGAAAUUAGGAUCCCAAACAAGCCAGAGAAAAACAAAUUUAAGUCUAUAAAAGUAAAUGUAGAUCCUUCAUAUAGAAAAAAAUCAAAACAUAAACACAGCAAGAGAAAGGGUUUCCUGUAAAUCUGGUAAAACAGAAUCCUGGUGGCAGUGAGACCCCAGUGACAUGAGUAACCCCCACAUCUGUCCUUAGGAGUGUCUGCUGUUCCAAUCUAAUAGUACAUAUCUGAGCCAAAGUUUAGCUUUUAAUAAGCAUCUGUCUCAAUUGGGGAAUCUGACUUAUGUAUUUAGAGAAUUUAAAUUUAAAAAAAAAUGAAAAAAACCUGUGAGGAAAUGCUAUAAGAAUUUGUAUCAAUGGUCUGAAAGUGGAGGCAGAGACGCCGCAUGGCUGUACAGCAGAGCACCCUGUGAGAGGGGCCAGCGGCUGCUUUCACUUCCCCUUGAUGCAGUGGAACUGAGCAGCAGGCUGAAGCUGAAGUGAGAAGCAAGGAACCAGAGCCGCAAAUAAAAACUACCGAAUAUAUAGAUUGUAUACAGGCUGUAGAUUACAUUAUAUAAGAAAGUCGUGUCAUCUUUUUCCCAAAGAUCUUAAGUACAGAUGUGUGUGUAGAUCAGCUUCCAUGCAUGUGGGACCAGCCCAGAAGAGGUCUGGAUGGGAGCACACAGGCCUGGAGACGGCCUCCACUUCCAGCGGUCAGGCCUCACUUCCCUCCCUGCGGGUUGAUCGCACCCCAGGCCUCUGCCUGCUUCCUCUGCAGGCACCCACAAGUGGCUCCUUCUCAUCGCCUGGUCUCCAUUCUCACUUUGUGUCUGCAGAGAGGUCCUCCCUGACCCCCUCGAGAAACCAUCCCACUCUUCCUCUCAUCCUAUAUCUCUGUCCUUUUAAUCUCUCUCGUUGUAUGUCGGUGACAUUCAUAACCAGCUGAGAUCAUCUUCCCUUUUUCCUACUUUUGGAAGCUAUAUGGAGAACAGGGAGGGAGUCCCAGACUCAGACACAGGUAGUCAAAUGCAUUGCGGUGACCUGCUGAGGCUGUUUCAAGAAAGAGAAUGUUAUGGAAACUGAACUGUUAUAAUACCAACAGUUUAAAGCAACAUUUUAAAAAAUGUUUUUUCCCUUAUUACAAAAGUAAUACUUGUUCAUUUUAGAAAAACUGGACCUUGUAGAUGAAAAGAAAGAAUUUCAGUUCUGCCACCUAAAAAUAAUCACUUUUAAUCCAGUGUGCAAGCCUUUUAGACACUUUUCUGUGUGUGUAUCCUAGAAAUAGAAGUUCACGUGAUUGUUUUUGGGAAUUCUUUCAUUCAUUAACAUGGGCAUCUUUUCAUCACAUGAACUGGUUUUUCAUAACUAUGAGGUAUUUUCAUUGGCUGAAUGCUCCCCUGUGGAUUUAAUGAAAAACCUGGUCAUUGGACCUUCAGCUUAUCUUUUUUGCUACUCAAGUGUUUGGGCUCAAUAUUGGUAUAUAUAUUUUAUUAUUUAUAUGCAACUUCUUUCAUAAUAUACUCUUAAAGUGAUAU